AUGCAUACGACCUUUGUUCCGUGAGUGGUGGACACUGGAUACUGCCUUGUUUGAUUUCCAUCGGAAGCGAGCUUGGGCCAUGUGUUGUUGUGUGCAGUUAAGCAAGUGCCUUCCACUCCGCCGUUUCAUAUAGAUAUCCAAUAUAAAACCAUCUAUUCAUCACCCUAUUUCCCUACUAACCUCCAAUCCAUCCUCAAAAUGCCCUCCUCGUUCCUCCGCAAAAAAUUACGACAGACCUCCUCGGCACAGCAGCAGCCGCCUAUAAGAAACCCACAUAACACCACCGUCCGGCACUCAUUGUCGUUACCAGACUUGACAACCCCGCUGCUAGACCCGUCGUCCUGGGAAGAAGUCCCACCGUUUACUUUUACUUUUCCCGCUGUGCAUACGCCCGACUCCAAAUCUGAUCCGAGUUCUAUCAAACGGGCUUCAAAAGGAGGAGGGGGGGUUGGUAUGGUUUUUUGUCGCUCACCGAAAGAACAACGCCAACAAGACCAGCAAGGAUUGGACACGACGCGUCCGAGCGCGAGAGCGAUUGGGGUUGGAACUGGGAAUACGACCCAAACUCGGAACCGAACCCCAUCCCUCAUCGAGAACGAAGUCCAGUUUCACAGACCGUUCACGCCAAAGAUGGUGGUGAACCCGUUCCCCGGUGGAUGGAAUGUUGGGGAUUUCAGGGAGAGCGAUGCGGUUUGGGAUAGACGGGGCGUGUCCGCAGGAGUGGGGAUGGGGACGAGAGGGAGCAUGCUGAAUGCAAUUUCGAGAAGGAAGACGAGGAAAAAAGGGGCGGCGGAGAAGAUGAAUAUUGUUGUUGCCGGUGGGAAAGGUGUUGGGAAAACAAGUUUUAUCAACUUUUUGAUCAACUCUCUCCCGCAACAGGGACAAGAACGCGGGCAAGAACAAACAGAAACGCAAACGCAAAACCCAAUCUCCUCCCAGUCGCAACGCCCGGCACCAACAACCAAACCAACGGCGUACACCGUCCUCUCCACCAUCUCUGACCGCCUUCUCCUCCGUUUAAUCGAUACACCCGGUCUUGAGCUCCCCCCAGGAGAAGACUGGGUAGCAGCCAAGAAGGGGGAGAGUGAGAGGAGUGUGAAGGGAUUGUUGAGUAUAGUAGAGGAGCGGUUUGAGUAUACGUUGAGGGAAGAGAGAAAGGUGAGGAGACGGGUAGGUGCGGAAGAAGGUCUGGUGCACCUUGUGAUUUAUCUGAUUGACGCAAGGGACGUAUUGUAUUCGAAAGAACCUGGAGCGAAAGAGGUUGAUUGGUCAUGCUUGGGAUUGUUUGAUGAUAAGCCGAAAUGUCAUCAAGGUGAGGAGCUAGAUUUCGAAAGGGGAUACACUUCCAGAGGCGGUUCCGAGCCUCGACUUUCGAACGUUGAGAUUGAUAUAAUUCGCCAGCUCGAAAAACGAGCCAAUGUACUGCCUGUUGUGUCGCAUACAGAUUCCUUGACGAUCGACGAACUCGAAGAUGUCAAAGCGGCGGUGAACAGGGAUUUGGCGGCUGUGUUUGCACGAACACCAGGUAAAGGGUUUGGAGUGUUCCGAACGGGGCAUGAUGAGUCUCGCCAGCGCGAUUCCAUUAGAGAGGAAGAUGAACAUCCAGAUGAUGACAACAUUGACCUGGACGUCGACGACGAUACGCAAGGAGACCACCGACCACCAACACCAGAUUCGAUUCACUUUUCCAUUUCCAGUACAUCCCUCCCUCUACCAUUCGGUAUCUUUAUUCCCGAACCCAGGGCCGGUUUCAGUAGUGACGACGAUCACAACACCCUUGAUAGUAAUGGCUUCGAAUCGUCGUUUUUACGCAAAUUCGCAUGGGGUGAAGCAUCGGCCUUAAAUCCUGCCCAUUCUGAUUUUAUUGCGUUGAUAGAAGCGGUUUUAGGUGAUUAUUCAAAAGUGUUGAGGACGAGGACGAGAGAAGUGUUGUAUGAGAGCUAUAGGACAGAGAGGUUAUUGGAGGCAAUGGCCGCGAGCUGAGAUCGAUGAGCGAGGAUUUCGAUCGGUUCUAAUCUGAGUUUGCUGUACAAUCUUGAUUUUUCAUGGUUGGGUAUAUGGGAUUGGAAUAGGUAAUGUUACUUGCUUUUGCCUGCUUGCGUCGUAGAG